CAGAUUAUUUAUUUAAGAGAUUAUCUGGCACCAGUUCUAUCUCACCACUUCAAUUCUUCUACUUAACUAGCAUAAAAAUCACGUUUGCAAUUCUGCGUGUUCUUUCCCCACCCUUCAUUAUACGUACAUAUUCAUCCACCCACCCUCUAGCUACCAAUAAAAUUGUUCACUUUCACUAAUUAAUUUUAUAGUAUGGAAAUUGAAGAGCAAACGAUGAAAAUGAUGAUGAAGUCGUCGUCUAGGUUCAGACGUAUCUGUGUUUUCUGUGGCACCAGCCCUGGCAAGAACCCCAGCUACCAACUCGCUGCCAUCCAACUCGCCAAACAACUUGUGGAGAGGAACAUCGACUUGGUUUAUGGAGGAGGGAGCAUUGGGUUGAUGGGUUUAAUCUCACAAGUUGUGUUUGAUGGUGGACGCCACGUGUUAGGGGUGAUUCCAACAACUCUUAUGCCAAGAGAGAUAACGGGGGAAAGUGUCGGAGAAGUGAGAGCAGUGUCAGGCAUGCACCAACGCAAGGCAGAAAUGGCGAGACAAGCCGAUGCAUUUAUUGCGCUGCCAGGUGGAUAUGGCACCCUGGAAGAACUACUUGAAGUGAUCACCUGGGCUCAACUAGGAAUCCACGAUAAACCCCAGGUGGGGUUGUUGAACGUGGAUGGGUACUACAACUCGUUGCUGUCAUUCAUGGACAAUGCUGUAGACGAAGGUUUCAUUACACCCGCUGCCCGUCACAUUAUUGUCUCUGCCCAAACUGCCCAAGAUCUCAUGUGCAAGCUUGAGGAAUAUGUCCCGAAGCACUGUGGCGUGGCACCAAAGCAAAGUUGGGAGAUGAACCAACAGUUAUAAAAAAGUUAACACUGCAAAUUACCAAAUUCAGAUACUUGUCGUUAACCAAGUCGAAUCUACAUAUUUUCUCUACCCCAUUAGAAAAUAGCUUUCUCAAUACAAAUCAAGCCUUUUUUGGCUGACACUGUGUAAUUGCGGAUCAGAAUCUGAUCUGUAUGAUCAAAGAACGUAACACUAGAAAACUUCCAUCAUUAAUUGUUGGUGCUUAUAGAUUCUGUGUUAUAUAGUAAAGCUUGCUUCAGUGCAGUCAUGGGUACUUUCUAAAUAGCUUUUUCAAACAA